ACCUCUCCAGACGGAACGCGAAUUUGGGCCGAGUCCUCAGGAGACGCUUCGAAGCCCCCGAUCGUCUUCGUUCACGGACUUUCUUGCACAGCGCUCGGGUGGGAUAAACAGUUCGCCGACGUGGAUCUGAAGAAGAACUUCCACCUCGUACGAUACGAGAUGCGGGGGCACGGGAGAAGCGGGAAGCCCCUCGACGAGAAGGACUACGCGUCGAUCCGCAUCGCAGAGGACUUCAAGACAGUGUGCGACGCGUUUGGAGUAGUGAAGCCGUUCAUGGUCGGCUGGAGUUUGGGGGGCUGUAUCGCUGUGGAUGUGAUCACCGCCUAUGGCUCCGAAUAUAUCUCGGGGAUCGUUUACGUGGGCGGUUCCAUCCUCGCCCUCAACUACCAUCCUCCAUGCAAACACCCGCUGAUGGAGGAGCUCUGGCCUGUCAUCAGCUCACUCGAAGCCGAUGAUAUGAGCGGCGGCGCCGAGGCGUUCGUCGACUCGUGCGUCAAGGAACCUCUUCCCUACGACGUCAAGCUGCUCUGGAUGGGUGGCUUCAUCAUGCAACCUCGCGCGGCCCGUUAUUGGAGCAUCAGGCGCGUACAGGACCACACCGUCUGGGAGACCACGGCGCGUCAGGUGCCGGUGCUCAUCGUCCAGGGCAAAGAGGACUUGCACUGUCUGUACGAGAACAUGAUCAGUAUCGCGAGGCGAAUAUACGACGACGUCUCGGUGAAGCUCAUGGACGGCAUCGGCCACUCACCGCAUUUCGAGAACGCGGCGGAGACGAACAAGGCCAUUGCAGCCUGGGUGCAG